AAAGAGAAACUUGACACCUUAACCGUGCUGGUAAUGAACCAGUGGCCUGGGGUCAAAUUGCGAGUUACUGAGGGCUGGGACGAAGAGCAUUAUCAUGCAGUUGGUUCUCUCCACUACGAAGGUCGAGCAGUGGACAUCACGACCAGUGACCGCGACAGAUCCAAGUACGGCAUGUUGGCUCGGCUGGCGGUUGAAGCAGGCUUCGACUGGGUCUACUAUGAGUCACGCUCUCAUAUUCACUGCUCUGUAAAGUCAGAAUUAUCUGAGGCAGCAAAAUCUGGAGGGUGUUUUCAUAGUGGCGGAAUCGUUAGAACUAAAUAUGGACCAAAACAGCUUUCUGAGGUGAAGAUUGGAGACGAGGUUUUAGCAGUUGACAGUGAAGCAAAGUUGGUAUUUACGGAGGUUUUACUUUUUUUGGAUCGUGACAUCAAUUCUCUUCGACAAUUCUACACCAUUGAAACAGAAAGAGGGGUUCGGAUAACACUGACCAGAGAUCAUCUUAUUUUCACAUCCGCCGGCAAUUCUUCUUCGUUUGAAAUGAAAAAUUUUAAAACAACUCUUGCAAGAAAUGUACAAAUAGGAGACCGUAUUUAUGUGUACUCUGACAGCCCUGUUUUCAAAACAGCAAAUAUACUUCUGCACUUAGAACGUGUGAAGACAAUCAGUGUGAAUGUUGAUGUGGGGGUUGUUGCUCCCCUCACGCGCGAGGGAAAUUUAAUUGUAGAUAACGUUGUUGCGUCCUGUUAUGCACUUUUAAAUGACCAUUAUUUAGCUCAUUUGUCAUUUGCUCCAAUUAGGUUCGUUGAGAAUGUGAAAGACUCCACACUUUACUUACUCCAAAGGCUUCACUUACCACAUGCCAAUUCGUCUCUUCAAAGAAAAGUCAACAAUACUAGUGAGGGCAUUCACUGGUAUGCUAAAUUUUUGCUCAGUUUUGCUUCUUACAUUUUACCCAGAAGAUACAUUAGUCAAUGA